AUGGCUAAACACAAUCAUUUAAGUUUUUGCAACAGAUUCGCCAAUAAGUCCAACCCAAUAUAUUUUUCGAGCUGGAACAGCCUUUCGCUCAAUUUGCCUUCUGGAAAGGAAUUCAGACCGUACAUGUGUUCCUCCAUGUUCAAAGCUACCACUCAACGUUUGGUACAUGAUAUUUGCUCAUCUGGAAAAUUGACCAGUAGUCAAUUCGCCUUAGUGUAUGUGUCUUCUAAAUUAUCUUCAGCCUCAUUGGUACGUGCGGGUUUUAUGGGCUACCUCAUCGGAUAUUUGUGUACAGAGUCCAUUAAACAAGAAUUUUUACCCCCAUCCUACCUUCCCGUUUUCACCAUGAAUCAUUCUUAUCGAAAACAUAUUCUCUCAUCAUGGAGAUCUAAGUUUGUGAGCCGUAAUCCAGAAUGUAUAAUUCGUGGUAUUGAAGAUCUGUUUACCACACUACCUAAGCUCUCGUUUACUGACAGCAACUCUAUAGCCACUUAUACGAAUAUUUUUCUCAAUACAGAUGGCAAUCUAUCAAAUUCCAGUGUACGUAUUCCUAAUGAGAAUCAAAAUAUUAGCUACAAUCAACUUAGUCUUGCUAAUGUUCUUGUAGACGGAUAUGGUUUCCUUGUCCAUGGAAUAAUGGUGAUAAAUGAAAAGGCAUAUAAUUGUUCUAAUAUAAUUAAAGACAACAUUCUAUGUAGUAACUAUCUUGGAGCAAGUACUGAUGUUAUUCUCCGGCCUAUCGCACCAUUAUCAACUUCUUCAUUUACUACAAUCCAUAGCUUAGAUAUUCGUAAUGUUCAUCAAGCUGUAAUCAUGGGUUAUCUUCUAGCAUUUUUAUCAUCCAAUAUUAACAAUACACCAACAAGUCAAUUAUCCAUAUCAACUAAUUGUCCAUCAAUAGAAACUUUAGUAAAAUGGACUAAUCAAUCAACUAAUCGUUGGACAACUUAUUUAAGUUAUCAAAUGUUUGAAAAUCAAUCCAAUAUUACGUUCUCUUUUCUUCCUGUGAAAUCUAAUCAUUUAACAAAUAUAUCAGCCCCAAUAAAAACUAUACAUAGUAAUAAUAAUAAUAAUGAUUCGUCAGAUAUUAUUCAAAUACGUGUAGAAUCUUCACAAUUGUUUUCAAUUUAUAAAUGUUUCAAUUCUAAAAAUCACGAACAUAUUAGUACUGUACAGUUUUUACUGGCUCGAUGUUUGUUUACAUGCAUGUAUCAUCUGUUAAAGGACAGAACUGAAAAUUCAUAUCGAUUAAAGCCCGUUACCCUAAAAGGGAAAAAAAGUUUUUCAUUUACAUCCUUGGAAUUAACAACCAGAAAACGAUAUUUAAAGAAAAUGCUAAUCAAAUUUCUACUUUACUGUUUGUUGUUGUCUGUCAAACUACAGUUACAUAUUGUAAACUUACAUCCAACAAUUCUUGCAGAUGGGAGCAUAAUUCGUCAUAGAACUAAACGAUGGGCCUUUUAUGAAAUACAUAAAUGUGGUCGUAUUAAAGGAUAUAGUUGUUUAGAACAUCGUCAUUGUUAUGAACGUUACCUGCGUCGUGAUAUGGUUUGUUUUGAAGUUUAUCCAUGCUUAAGUUCAUGUAUAUUUAUUGCUCAGCUUCACGAUGCUGAAAAAUUAAAUGAACAAAUUAAAAAAUUAUUAUUAGACGGUAUACCAGUCAAUAAUCAUAACGAUCCGAUUAAUUAUGUACGAGAACAAACGGCAAAAUUAUUGAAAGAAUUAAAUUUAACUCUACCAUUGCAUAAUCAACCAAAAGUCUCAGUGCUAUCAUCACCAUCACCACCAUCAUCAUCAUCAUCAGCAGCAGCAGCAUGA